GCCCUGUUUUUUUCUGCCACAACGCCACCAAAGCGUUUUCUCCCCACCGCUUCCAUAUCUCUGCACUCAGGGCCCGCCGCGCCAGUUUCCCCAGAGGGCAGCACUGCGACCCGCGGGCCGCGCAGCUCGGCAGUCCUCAGUCUCACGCCGUUCUCCCUUCGGUCCCAGCAUGUACCUGAGCAGCGCCGCCUGCGCCCCUUCCCUGCGCCGGGCCGGGAUCCUGCUGUCCCCUGGGCUGUGGCUGCGGAGGCGGUCAGGCUGGAGCCCGUAUGGAGCCGUGAUCUUUGAUGUGAGCGGCGCACUGCUCCGCCCCCGGCACACAGCCGCAGACUGGGAGGCCCAGAAUUGUAUUCCAGCUGGCACUGUCCAACAAGCUCUGCACUCUGGAGGGGAAAACAGUCUCUCUCUCAAGUACGCAAGAGGAGAGCUGACAACUGUGGAGUUUUUGCAGGAAUUGGGACAGCAGUGCUUUGAGAUUGCAAAUAUCUGUGUUCCACUGAACUCUUUCCUCACCAACUUAAUCAGAAGUGAGAUGAUAAAACAGCUCCCCAUAAUGGCAGAAGCAAUACAGUGUAUCCGUGCAGAAGGUCUUAAGAUAGCUCUUCUAAGCAACAGCUUCCAGCUGCCAAAUGGAGAGAGCUUUCUGCCCCUGGACCAAAAGCAUUUUGAUGUGGUAGUUGAAGCUUAUCGGGAAGGAAAGUGCAAGCCAGAUCCUCACAUCUACAAGCUGUGCUUGGAGCGCUUGGAUGUUCAGCCUCAGGAAUCCAUCUUCCUCGACAACAGCAGCCAGAACCUGAAAGCAGCAGCCCAGCUCGGUAUUAAAACAGUGAAGGUUGAUGAUCUUGAAGUAGCAUUCAAAGAGCUGGAAACCUAUCUGGGUUUUCCUUUAAAAGGGUUUGUUCCCUAUACUCGUUCAGUGAGACCAACCAUGGAAAUUCCAAAAGACAGUCUGCAAAAGUACCUUGAAAAUGUUUUCAGUGACCAGGCAACAGGUUCACUGACGCUGCGGCAGUUUGUCUGUGGACAGUCUGCCCAGACCUAUUUUGUCAAGUUUGGAGAUCGUUCCCUGGUGCUGAAGAAGGAACUCCCUGACAGCCUGCUUCCUUCAGCUCCUGCUGUUGGAAGGGAAUACAGGGUACUGAAGGCACUCUCUGAGGCUGGUGUUCCUGUUCCUACUGUACUUGCUCUGUGUGAGGACAGAAGCAUCCUUGGCACACCGUUCUACCUGAUGGAGCACUGUGCUGGCCAUGUCUACAGGGAUGCCUCCCUGCCAACACUGCUACCUAACCAGCGGCGGGCUAUUUAUGCUGCCAUGAGUGAAGUUCUCUCCAAGAUCCACAGCACAGACCUCAGAGCAGCCAGGCUGCAGGAUUCUGGGGACCACGGUAAUUACAUCCAGCAGCAAGUUGAUACCUGGACAAAGCAAUAUCGAGCUAUGGAAACUCACAUUAUUCCAGCCAUGGAGAGACUCAUUGAGUGGCUGCCUUUGCAUUUUCCUGAAUCUCAGAAGACAACAGCUGUGCAUGGCAAUUUCAGGCUGGACAACCUAAUCUUUCACCCAAAGAGGCCAGAAGUCCUUGCAGUCCUUGGCUGGAAGUUUUCAAUUCUAGGAGAUCCCAUCUCCGAUUUGGCAAAUAACUGUAUGGCUUACUUCCUGCCGCCUCAGUUCGACCCAAUGAAAGGCUUGGCAAAAUAUGAUUUGAGGCACCUGGGGGUCCCUACAGCAGAGGAGUAUUGCCAGAAGUACUGUGGCCACAUGGGAAUGGAGCUUCCUGAGAACUGGAAUUUCUACAUGGCCUUUGCUUUCUUCAGACUGGCUGCAAUGCUGCAAGGACUCUACAAACACUCUCUGGCAGGGAGGUCAGCCCGAGGUAAAAGCUGUCUGGAGCAUGCAGAGUUUGUGGCUGAUCUGGCUUGGGAUUUUGCCAUAAAAGAAGGAUUCCGUGUGUUUGACAGCCUCUCCAUUGCAAAGCCUUUUGCAAAACAUUACAGUACCUGGGCCAGGCAAGGGCCAUUCCUCAGCAGGAGCUACAGUACCUGGACACGUCCUGGGACUGUCCCUGUGCCUGCAGUCCCCCUGAUUGCUUCCUUCAGCAGCCUCUUGGGGGUGGCCCAAGGUCUUUACUGCAAGCUGGCAAGGAUCUUGGAUGUCCAGUGGAGUUUUCUGAUUUCCCAGCCCAGAUGCACUCCACGUCCUGUUCUAGAAAAGAAGGUCUCUGGAGCAGAACAUCUCAGCAGUGCAUCCUCCAGUCCAGCACUUCACUCAGACCUGACCCCCACAUCUAGCUGAAGGUCCCACAUGGUUCACAGGACAAUGUUCUGCAAACUGGAGCUGAGCCGCUGCACUGGGGAGCCUUGGAAUAUGUGACUAAAACAGCCCCCCUGGCAUGAGGAAGGUUGUGCUAUCUGCAGCCUGGAAGCCUGAGAAUUUCAGUGGUAUUUACUGUUAUCUGGGCUCAAUGCCUUUAUUGCCAGGUUCAAUAGGUACAGGGCAAAAUCCCUCUCUGGAUCAUGAGGCUGCAGACAGUCAACAGCCUUGCAGUGGGGAGCACUGAUUAGGAACAGCCAGGCUGAGGUUGCAAGUCUUGGUUUUGGGAGUAUAAGAAAUAGAGUGGAGCAUUUCUCCUUAGUACAACACCUCCAGCAACCUGAGGGUGCCAGGACUCCAGCGGUGAGAAGAAAUGAAUCACUGGCUUCAGAGCAGAUUAUGGAGCUGAGGCCCAUGGAACUGGGAGGGCUCCCUGGCCCUAUCACUGCAGUGGAUUUCUCUGAGUUUCUUUGGGGAUCUGGGGUGAUGUAAACCAGAUUAGUGGAGGCUUUCAGUGCUUCACAAAGAUCAGCAGCAGGGAAAAGACUGUGGGCUCGAUAAUAGUAAUUCCUGAGCUUUUUAUGUGUAAACUGGUACUAAUUUAAUAUUAAAGUAAUGGAUAUACUUCUUUGAA